AUGGCAUCUAGAGAAGGUCUCAGCGUCUAUGUUAGCGGGGCAGUUGCAUGGGCAGUGCAGCGAGCCGCGGAGCAGCGAGAACUUGACAAAACAAGUUCAGAAAUCAACAGACACAAAGUUAACGUAACUACAAGUGAGAAGUUGGUGAAAAGGUUAACCAAGGGCAUUGAGGAGUCCAAGAAAGAUAGAGAAAAACUUUCUGCUGAAACAGAGAAGAUGAUGUCUAUGUUCAAAGAGAUUGAGAAGAAAGUAUUUGUUGUUCAGGAAGAGUAUAAGAAAACACAGGAGAUGAUAGACAACCAUAAAGUUGAGCUUGACAAAACUAAGGAAGAAUACACCAAACUAAAAAAAGCAAUGGAUGAACUGAGAGCCACAGAGGUUGACGCUGAGUACAAAUUGCAAGAUACAAAAAAGCUUGCCAAGGAGUGGGAAAUGAAGGUGAAAACAUUCAAGAAAAGGCUUGAUGAAAUUCAUAUAAUGUUGUUAAACACAUGGAUCAUAUGCAUUAUUUUGUUUUUUCAGAAUCCAAAAGGAUGCUGUUGA